AUGGAAGAUGCCACGAAAUCUCUCUUGGAGUACGGUAUUCCUGAUACAACUACUGGACUCCUAUCUAGCAUUGUCAGGCCACCUGUGACGGUCCAGCACUUCGAGCUGAAGCCACAAUUCAUUCAGUUCAUCUCCAAUUAUUCAUUUGCAGGCUCACCGCAUGAUUGUCCGGUGAGUCACAUCGAUAGUUUCUUGGAGAAAUGUGAUACUAUGAAAAUGAAUGGUGUUACAGAUGAUGCUAUCAGACUUCGCCUUUUCCCUUUUUCACUGCGGGAUAGGGCGAAAGAGUGGUUGAGAGAUGAAGGCAUUGGCUCGUUCGAUACAUGGGACAAUCUAGUGAAGGCCUUCUUAGUGAAGUUUUUGGGACAUGAAAAGACUGUCAGGUUGAGGAACGAGCUAUCCACCUUCCGACAGUCAGAUGACGAGUCUCUCUAUGAGGCUUGGAGAAGUUUCAAGAGGUUACAGAGACAAUGCCCUCAUCACGGUAUCCUAGAGUGGUUGUUGAUUCAAACCUUCUAUAAUGGCCUAACCCAUGAGUUCCGAAUCUACAUUGAUGCUGCAUCAGGGGGUUCCCUCUUGACAAAGAACCCAACUGAGGCAAAGGAGCUGAUUGAGAAGAUGGCGGCCAAUGAUAAUUAUCAUCCAGGAGGUCGUCAGAAUGUGAAAAAAGGAGGUAAGCUUGAUGUAGAUGCUUUGACUAUGUUAGCCAGUUCUGUGCGGGCACUAACAAGCAGGUUUGAUAAGUUCCAAGCUGGAACUUCUACUAGCCCGCUGGAGGUUUGUCAAAUGUGCAAUGUGCAGGGCCACAUCGCACCGGAUUGCCCGCAGAAUAUGAGUGAGAUGUCUAUUGAACAAGCCAAUGCUUUCUACUCUUCGAACCCCAAACAGCCUUUUGAUCCCUACUCCAAUUCUUACAACGAAGGUUGGAAACAACAUCCCAACUUCUCUUAUAAGAACACCCAAGGACAACAGAAUCCACCAUCACAACCAUCCCUAUCCAACAACUACAACUCACCACCCGGUUUCCAACAAAGAACACCUAUGAACCAACAACCAACGCAACUACUUCCCCAAAAAUCUAGCCUUGAUUUGAUGAUGGAGAGCUUCAUUACCACAACCAAUAGUGCCAUCCAAAAACAAGGUAGCUCCAUCCAACAGUUGCAAGCCCAGAGUAAGCUCAUGGAAACCCAAAUAAGUCAGCUUUCACAACAGGUGAGUCGUUUAUCAACUCUUCAUGAUCAAGCGAAGGUUCAAAAGGAACAAUGUAAUGCCGUUUUCUUGAGAAGAGAUGAACCACCUCCGAUGCAAAUAGAUGAGAAGGUGUGCAGUGUGGAGUCUAGAGAAAAUGAAAGGGGCGAAGAUGUUCAAGGUCCCAAAUAUGUUGCUCCACCGGCUUAUGAGGAACCGAUGCCCUUCCCGCAAAGGUUGUCAAAAGCCGUACUCGAUAGACAUUUUGGAAAAUACUGCGAAGCUCUUAAGAAGGUACACGCCUCUACUCCCUUUUCUGAUCUUUUAAUUCAAAUGCCUCAAUUUGCAAAUUUUGUGAAGAAUAUUAAAGAUCAACAAAAGGAUAAGGUAGUAGUAAAUAAGAAGGGCCCUACUCUCUUAUAUGAUAACCUACCACCUAAGCUGCAUGAUCCGGGUAGUUUCACUAUUCCCUACACGAUAAACGAGAAAUUUUUCGAUAGGGUUUUGACCUCUAGACUCCCUAAGGGUGUGGUUGAAGAUGUAUUAGUUAAGGUUGGUGAACUUGUUUUUCCUGUUGAUUUUGUUGUUAUGGACAUGAAAGAAGACCAUAAGAUCCCGAUUAUAUUUGGUCGUCCAUUCCUUGCCACAAGUCAAGCUUUAAUAGAUGUUCCUAAAGGACAAGUGACCAUUAGGGCCCAGGAUAAACAAGUCAUGUUCAAGCUCUUUGAUGAACAUAAUUUUAUAUUUGAUGGUGGUACUUGCUUAAGAAUCGAUGCUACUAACCCUUUGUUUGAUAAGUAUGUAUUUGAUAGAAAUUUUGUGAGAAGCAAGGACAAAAUUCCACCCGAUGAUGUGCUUGGCCACAUGAAGGUGAGUUCGGAUAUAAGGCAGGUAAACAAUAAAAUGAAGGAGUCACUUGGAGGCAAUCAUUCCCAUGGGAAACAUUGCGGAGUUCCCCCUUCGUGUGGUGAUCCCGGUUGA